AUGCCUCCCAAUAAUUGGAAGCAGUGGCUUAAGCUUACGAAGAAACAGCUGAAGCAGCUUCGUCGAUCUUUGGAUGACGAGUUACAAGGGCUCUUAGAGCGAAACCUCCCCCCUACGUCAAGAUCGUUAGUGCGCAUCCCAGUCCCAGUCAGACAGGUAUAUCCCGUGCGUAACAACUACAGAAACUUUUCCACAACUACAAGGACUUUGAGUCGUCUGGCAGAUGCGAGUGGAAAGACGAUAACCCCAAACGCAAAGACAGUCGGAGGGUCCUUUGUCCGAAGCUCUGUUCUAUCUAAUUUUGGUGGAAUGCAGAGAUGUCCACGGGGUGUGCCUCGCGGCCUUUUUUCCAACUGGAAUAUGACCACUGCUAAGUAUGCUUAUGGUAGGGCGUACUCGACAUCCGCCAUCAAAAUUACGCAUGACGCCGUUCAGAACAUGGCUAUUUCUCUGAGGUGUUUCUUUAAUCUGUGGGGUGAUUUCCUUCCAUCAGGACAAGAUGGUAGUUUUGAAAGUGUUCCUCUCUCUCCCAGCUACUCUGUCCAACAAGUGGGAAAAGGUGGAGCCUCUCUUCUUCGUGAUCAAGAGCUCUACUCUAUGAUCCAGCAGCAUAAGCAAGAAGUUCCUGAUGAAUUCCAAGUUGAACAAACUGGAUGUAUGGUUGAAUUUAAACUUCCAGAAUUGGACUUGUCUUUUCUACCCGUAAUGGUUUUUGCUUGUGAGGAAUCCAUGAAUAGCUGGACAAGGGAGAUGGCAAGGUACAAAGACAAACUGAUGCGAUUGGAAGAAAAUGUGCGAAAAAUUUACGAUCAAUAUGGCUCACUGCCACUCAGUUUUGACAGAAACAAAAUUCGGAUCCAUUUUCCGAAUUUGACGGUACAAGAGACUGAGAGAUUGUUAAGAGACGCCAGUAUUACACUAGGCAUCGUCUUACUUGAAUCUGAUAUACUUUCAGAGACAAAUGAUGAAUUUAUGAACUCUACUGAACAUUGCCUCGGUAAUGAUUCCGCAACGGAGCACUCACCCUAUUUCCCCAUACUGUCAUCAGCAUCUGAAUCAGAGUUUUCACUAAUUUCUUCAGCUGGUUAG